AUGGCUUUGUGUGAAAAGCGACUUGACUCGACUUACAGAUCGUCAGUUUAUAAACUUUAUUAUUUCACUGGGCGUGGACGAGGCGAACAUAUUCGACAAAUACUCCGAUUGGCUGGAGUACCUUUUGAUGAUAUCAUUCUCACGCCUGAAUCGUGGCCAAAGUACAGAAAUGUUCAUACUCGUUUACCGAAUGCAACAUUGGAACAUGCAAUGCUAUUUCCAGAGAUGCCCCUGGGGCAGGUUCCAGUGCUGGAAGUGGAUGGUGUCAGGAUUGCGCAAUCAGUUGCAAUCGCUCGAUUUCUCGGUCAUAAAUUCCGUGAGCGUUGUUCACUCGACAAGUUAGAUGGCCGUGAUGACUUGGAAAACGCUCAGUUGGAUAUGGUUGCUGACUUAAUAUCAGAUGCUCACAACGCUGAUGGUAUCAGACAGUGGCCCUACGUGCUGCUCAGAUUCAAGAAAAAAGACAAGGCAGAAUUUUUUAAACGGCGAGUGCAACCUGCUUUGGCUGCGUUCGCACCUCUCAUUGAACAGUUCCUCGAACGGAAUCCUCACGGCUUUCUAAUCGGCAACAAGGUAACGUGGGUUGAUGUGUUUGCCGCAGAAUUUUUCUCGAAGUUUGUUGACUUCGGCGAGGAAGGUUGCCUGGAUGCUCACCCAAGCAUUCUUGCACACAUCGAUCGCAUUCACAGCCUUCCACCUAUCCGUGAUCACCUGAACAAUCGACUUCCCACUCUUUGGGAGUUGGUUUCUAUGGUACUUUCGUUGUACACAUUACUCGGACGUGGUUAUUUGGUUGGGAUGUUUGGGGCAGAGGUGUCUUCAGUGUUGCAAAAGGACGGCUCUAAUUUGAACAUGAAAUUCAGCGCUAAUGAAGCCGAUAAUUACUUGAAAAUGAUGUCAGAUGAACAUUCGGUCAUAGCUCAGGCUUGUGCUGUAGAGUACUUUCGUCGUUUGUUGGUCUACGACGGUAACGCCGCUGCCAAAUUUGCCGAUACCCUGAUCAAAGAAUUGGUGCGUUGUGUACGUAUCAAUUAUGGAUUUAUGCAAAGGGACGCGGCAUGGGCAUUAACAAACCUUGCAUGUUGUCCUCAUGAAUAUUGCCAGAAAAUAAUAUCUUUUGAAGGUGUUGACGCGUUGGUAGAUUGCGCAAGGAAUACGGAUGAAGAAGUUCGAGAGCAGGCGUUUUGGGCCAUUGGAAAUAUCGCUUCUGAUUGCGUCAUUUGCCGAAUGGCUGUACGACAGACAAGUGCAUUGGCUACCAUGAUAAACGUCAUUCAUCGAACGCAAUUUCUGCACUCUCGUUACAGACGUAAUCUUGUUUGGGCAAUGGCACAGAUUCUCCGCGGCGGUUCAAUGCAUAUUCCACCUGCAGUGAACAUGAUUCUUGAAAUGCCUGGCCUUCUCGAACGUCUCAUGGUGCUUUUGGACGAUCCGAUAACUGUAGCUCCGGCUCUUCGCGUUAUCGGCAACAUUGUCGCAGGUGAUGACGACCAAACGCAAGUGGUUCUCGAUGCCGCUAUACUUCCAAAACUGGGUCAAUUGUUGAAAAAUUGUAAAGGUAACGUGCAACGUAAGGAGCUGAUAUGGAUCAUCAGUAAUAUCGCUGCUGGAACACCUUCGCAAAUUGAUACGUUAUUCGAUUCAAGGAAUGGCGAUUUUGUCACAUUGAUUAUUGAAGCUGCUCGAGGAGACGAUAUGGGAGUCAAGAAGGAGGCUGGUUGGGCUGUCGCAAACGCUCUAACCGGUGCGAGUGUUUCGAAGACACACUGGCUAUGCGCUAGUAACAUACUUCUGGUACCACCUUUAGUGUUACGACCCGAUAUGGAUUCUUCUUUGUUGGAGCGGAUGGUGUAUGCACUUGAAAUUGUCACAAGGCGAUGUACCAUCUAUCUGCCAUUAUUCAACCGAUGCGGUAUAAUUGACGCACUCAGUUCGUUGCUCUGCGAUGGAGAUCAUAUCGAUACGGCAACUAGGCGGUAG